CACGACUACACAAACAGUAUUUGUUUACGUCUCCUAGCAACCGGAAUGCAACCCUGCAAUGUAACUGAAACGGCAACGUGAUUUUUGUUGUUGCAAACAAUUGACUAUGCUUUUUAAUUUUGUUUUCACUUUCCACACGAAGCAGAACAUUACCUACCGCAAAUAUUUUAAUGUGUUGGAAUGAGGGUUGCAGCUUAUGUCAUGUCACUAGGAAAAAGGCUACAGACCUUUGCAAUUCAUCUCAAUUGACCAACAAGAUGAAGAAACCCAUAUAAAUGUUACUACAUUGUCCAAUAUGUUCACCAGAGAUGGCAACAUUUUAGAUAGACCACCACGAGUCAGCAAGACAUUAAAGAAGAAUGGUCUAUACCCUAUGCUCCGGAGUGGAGCAGCCACCAAAGCGCUUCAUCAGCAUUACAAGAACAUUCUAGAACCACUGUCAUUGUUUUCAGCAAAUGAAAGUGAACCUAAAGAAUCUUCUGAGCAAAUUCAGGUUGAGCGUCCUGUGACGCCAGUCAAAGACAGUGUAAAGACACCCCCUACCUGUCUGUCAGAGCUCUGCGAGCUGAUUCACAGGAGAAUAUGUGUCAGGCCAGAGAUGACAACAGUGUCCGAAGAAGAUCAGCGAGCAUUGGGUGGUAUCAUCCUAGCAGAAAUAAAAAUCCUUUGGCAGGAGAUUACAAAAUGUUCCUGCGACCCAGUUCUAAAUGAAGAAGAAAACAAGGAGCUUAAAUGUAGAAUAGUCACUCAUAUUGUCUUAGUGUGUGAGCAACUUUUCCUGCACUACCUUUAUUUGGUGGACAUCUUCCGACAACGCCGUGUGUUUACUGACGAGGCUAACCUCUGCCGACUCAGAGGACAGCUUUCUGUUGACUGCACAAAACUAUUAAAUGUCCAUGCAAUCAGAAGCAAUAUUAUCACAGAUAUCAAGGCAUCGCGGAAAACACUUGAUUACAGUGAUGGUCUUCUUGAAAGGAGUCAGCAAACAUUACAUGCUUCAGUUCUUCCUGUACACUGUCAGCCUAGCACGUUUAAGGUCCAUCACAUAGAGAACAGUCAUUCCUCACAUAAAACUAGUGUUCAGAAUCUUCCAUUUGAGAACCUUGUCGAUCGCAGAGAACAAAAGCAUCAACAAUCUUUAGUGGAACGAGACCUAAGAGAGAUUAAUGAAAAUAUAAAGCCUUUGGACUUACAAAAGGUGUAUGAUUUUUUACCCUGUCCAGAGGUAGCUGAUAAAUACACAACUAUGCCAUGUGCUGGAAUAUAUUGUCCACGUCCUACGCUUCAAAAGCAUGUGGAUCAGUGCCCUGAUAAUGACACUGAAACGCACCAAGUUUUUAAACUGAAGAGACAUCACUCAAUGCCAGACCUUCAAGCAGAAUCGCUUUGUGAAGAACUAGGAAUUAAAUUACAAGUAAUCCGCCCAGAAUCUCCAAUAGUGUUUUGUAACAAUUUUGAGCAGACAGCGAAGGAAAUUGCACAAAAACCUAUCAAUCCCACCGAUGACCUUAAAAGAUUGUUAGGAGACGAUCGUAAGUUAUGUUUAAAAGAAACAAAAUUAAUUGAUCCAGAUGCAGACCUUCCUCCUUUACUUAAAGCAAUAACCCGCAGCAAGGAUUCCAGACUACAGCUUUUACAACAGACAUUAAAGGAUCUGAAAGAAGAGGAGGACACAAAAUUAAUGGAAACAGUCAUUGUCAAUAAACCGGAGCACCCACAGAGCGCUUUUGUUAAUGUAACAUUGCCUCAGAAAGCUAUAGCAAGGCCAGCUGAUGUUCGAGUGUCAGACAGAGUAUUAACAGAGAUGAUUGACAUGCAGAUAUAUCCACCUGUAUAUAAUGAUCUGACGGGAGAGAUUGACAAUUUUUCUGUGAAGUGGUUGGAUCGAAACCUUUUCCUUGGGGAAGAAAUCAAAGAAGUGUACAAGGAAAUAGGCAAGAAAAUUUCAACUCACCACCUAAAAUUUGACCAGGACCCAGCAAUAGAGCCAGUUGCGACUGAAGUUGAUCUGUCAAAGUGCCUGGCCUCCUCAACAUUAACCAAGGGAAGAAGAAAGUGGGUGAUCAACCCAGAAUUAAGGGAAGCCCUUGAGAGCCAAACAUCUAAAUGGGAAUCUAGAAAGAAAAAUUACGUAGAUGGCGACCAUCCGAAACCAGAGGACACCUCGUCUCGAGCAUAUAAAUCCUGGUUGCAAUGGUGGAAAUCCACAGUUAAUUCUGACGAUUACCUGAAAUAUGUAUCAACCAAGGAUUCAGACUACCUGGGAUUAGUUUAUCACUUGUACGACAGUGAUGAAAGUGAUGAUGAGGAAAACGAGAAAACCAAAGCUCUUGCACUUCAACAGAAACAAUUUGAAUUGAGACAGAAGGAGAAACUUGAUGCCCUGAAUGCAAAGAAGUGGGAUUUUGUACCUGGAAUGUGGAAUGUAAAUUGUAUCUUGCUUGGUGGCCUAGGAGAAAAUCCUGAACCCGAAGAUGUUGAAUCAGCAGAAAAUCAAUCUUUCAACCUGACAAAGACACCCCAAGGAACUUCCCCCACACAAACCCUAAAAGAUACAAAGGGAAUAGCAAAAUGUAGCCAUUCUUCUUGGGGACCCUGUCCAGACCUGACAGCUAGGACAGAUUAUAAACAACUACAGAACAGACUGGAGCACAUUUGGGCAGCUCUGUAUGUCCCAGAUGGAGAGAGAAUGGACAUGGCAAUCAAAUACAGUUCAAGCCACAACAUAGGGCGUCUUGGGGAGGGGAAGACACGAACUUCACCUGAAAUGUUCUUUCAUAAAAAAUAGCCUUUUAAGUGUUCCUUGAUUAAAGAUGACAGUGCCCUUUCGCUGAUGUCAUAUACAAUUUAGCAUUUUAACUACAGAAUCAAUUCUGAAAGUUUUGGUUAUAAUACAGUUCUGUUUAUUUGAUGAAAAACAGUCAUCUCAUACACUAGCUCAAAAGCCUGCUGUUUGUUAUUCAUAGAAGAUAAUCUUACACACUGUAAACAUUAGUGCUAACUCCUUUGACUAUUGGACAGUAUAGAUUAUAUUCUGGCCAGCACAGAAAGAACUACAUACCAAACUGUACCCUAUACCAUACAGUUUAUUUGUUGUGUUUAGCAUAUAUCCUUUUCCUUGUUUAUUUUGGACCUGCUUAUAGAAUGUGUUACCACUAUUGCUACCUGUAACAAAACAGUCUAAAAUAUCAGUAAGAGCAAUAUUGCCAUUUGGACAGUAGUAUCAGUAUGGUUGGUAAUGCUGUGUUUGUCAGAAAAUUGGUUAACAGCCAUGCACUCUGCAGUUGUGUUACUGCGAUUUCUUAAUUACUAAAUCUAAUGAAUAUAUCUAAUAAAAUGUCCCUCCAGGAUCAAAGUUGCCUACUGUUUCUUCACUGUUUAAAUUCUUAUUAUGUAUCAUUUACACUUCCUGUGAAACCUUUUAAGGUACAUUUUGCUAAUCACUUCCUAUGUAAAUUAAUGCUGGAAGUAUCUUGAUUCCCAAUCCUCCCACCUUCUGCCACCACCAGCCUUUAGAUUCACAGCCCACAGCCUUUUACCAUCCCCACACCAGCGUAAGUGUGUGAUGUAACUGUAAUCCUUGGCAGCCUCCCACACAAACACGUACAGAAGCAUACACACAUGAACAGCCGUUCUGCUUGUGGAAUAGCGUCAAUCAAGCUAUUUGUAAAUGUUAAAAGGGAAAUGUAUAUUACAUCUGUGGAUUCUUUG